UAAAAGCGUCACCUUCUUCGUCAAGUUCGCAAGCAAGCGCCUUUACCCAUAAAUAAAUUUAAGAAUAAUAAUAAUUAAAGUAAAAUCUGGUACAAAAACCUUACUGUGAUUUUCUUUAGUGGUCAAAGAUGAGCUUGGAUUUGAUCUUUUGGGUACUCUGCUUUUUCUUUGAUUUGGCUCUCCUCUCCUCCAAUUUCUAUCAGCUGGUGAUCUUAUCAGACUUGGAGGCGGACUUUUUAAAUCCUUAUGAAUCAUCUUCUCGAAUUAACUUCUUGAUUGUCCCUGAAUUUAUUGUGCAUGGAGUACUCUGCGCUCUUUUCCUCUUGACAUGGCACUGGUUCUUGUUUCUCAUCACCCUUCCCCUUGCUUGCUAUAGUGCAAUGUUGUUUGUAAACAAAAAGCAUCUCAUUGAUGUUACUGAAGUGUUUAGGGCAUUAAGUGGUGAGAAGAAGUUUAGACUUGUCAAGCUCGGUUUCUAUCUGUUUCUUCUCUUUAUAAUCAUCUUCAGAGUUUUCAAUGCUGGAAAAAUGUCACUCUACAGAUCUGAGUUUGGAGAUUUAGAUAUUCGAUCUUCUUAUCUAGAAUUUUAGUGUCUUAACUUUGUAAUUCUUUGAUUGUCUUUUUAUAAAUUAUAUCAUUUAGAAUUGGUUAGCUUGACACGGUGAACUAGUUUUCAACUUUGUAUCUCUUCAAGGUUCAAGCAAAUAAUUUAAGCAUGCUUGUACUCCAAGAAAUGCACUUUGUUAUUAGUUGGAAAAAAAAAAAGGAAAGUCGAAUCUCCUUUGGCUUAGAAAAGCAUAUACCUAAUGUAAGAGACACAAAGUUGAUCAACUUCUCUAUUCUAAUGAAUGUGUAUACUUUAUACUCUAA